CAUAUAAAUACGUGGAUGUAUUACACAGGAAUACAUCUCCUAGAAGCCAGCGUGUCUCAAACGUGUUUCAUUGACUCGAGCUACAACCUCCCGUAAGGUGUCGGGUUGCUCCUAAUGUAAACCCACUGAUUAAUUAAGCUGUAAUUGUAGACUGUUAGCUCCUAGCUAAUAUUAUUCUAAAUGUCGCCAUUGGACCAGCGGCGUACUUAGCUAGAAAGUUAGAGAGGGGGGUUAUUGAAGACAUUUCUCAUUAAGUUGGGGACAGUGUAACUGAUAUCAUGUGUUGUAAUUUGUUGAGUAGACUAGGUGCGACGUUCACUGUCGGUAUCGCCUGUUUUGACACACAGCUUUGAGAAGUGUUGCUAGCUGUUCAAACGUUUCUUCCUAUUAAUAUCCGUGCUGAGUCUAGCUCCUCGCCCCCUGACAGCGCAGUUAGGUAUCACCACAUAUCAUAUGGUUAGGUAGUAUCACCCAAAUACUGAUUUACCUGGUGGGAAAGGGAUCUAGUUGUUUGUAUAACAGGGUUAUUUUCCUAAUGGCAAAAGCAGAAUGCACUCCAAAGUGGAACACCUUAGCACUACGGAACAGGAAAACAUGCCCCACACCAGAAAAGAGCUUUCAGACCACAUUCACUCCUGUGUCCAAGGACAAGAACAGUCAAACUGCUGGACACUUAGCAGGAGGUGACACACAGUCCUCAAACGGACCAUCUGGUCAGUUUUUGGCUAGAGGAAGCAUAGAGUCUCCAAGCAAAGUGCUGCUGAUGCUGGUGGCAGGGCUGUCUUUUUCUACACGCCUCUACAAGAUAACUGAGCCCCCUCAUGUGUGCUGGGAUGAGACUCACUUUGGAAAAAUGGGGAGCUACUACAUCAACAGGACCUUCUUCUUUGAUGUCCACCCUCCUCUUGGGAAGAUGCUGAUAGGACUGGCUGGUUACAUGAGUGGCUAUGAUGGCACCUUUCCUUUCAUAAAGCCGGGAGAUAAAUAUGAAAACCAAAACUACUGGGGGAUGAGAGGGUUUUGCGCCGCGCUGGGCUCCUUCCUCCCCAUCUUUGCCUACCUUAUAGUGCUGGAGCUGUCUAACUCCUGCACCGCUGCUGUCAUCGCUGCUACCUUGCUCAUAUUUGACACUGGCUGCAUCACCAUCUCCCAGUACAUCCUGUUAGACCCUAUACUCAUGUUUUUCAUCAUGGCAGCAGUGCUGAGUAUGGUGAAAUUCAACCAGCAGAGAUAUAGGUCCUUCGCUGCCUCCUGGUGGUUUUGGCUGGUACUUACUGGUAUAAACCUUGCUGGGGCUUUGGGGGUAAAGUUUGUGGGUCUGUUUGUCAUCGUCCUGGUGGGACUGAACACAAUCUGGGACCUAUGGAGUCUUCUGGGAGAUAUGAGUCUCUCGCUGGUGGACAUUGCAAAGCACUUCCUUGCUCGGGCUUUUGCACUCAUCCUGCUUCCCCUCAUCCUCUAUGUUACAAUAUUUGCUGUCCACUUUGUUGUGCUGAACAAAAGUGGACCAGGAGAUGGUUUCUUCAGUUCGGCCUUUCAGUCUCGUCUAAUUGGGAACAACCUACACAAUGCAUCUAUGCCUGAGUAUCUGGCAUUUGGCUCUACCGUUACAAUAAAAAACCUCCGUAUUGCUGGAGGUUAUUUGCACUCUCAUUGGCACUUAUACCCAGAAGGAGUUGGCGCAAGGCAGCAGCAGGUGACAGCCUACCUCCAUAAGGACUACAACAACUUGUGGGUGGUUCACAGACAACAAGAUAAUAAUUCUCAAUCUGGCAACCCUGAUCUUGUUCACCAUGGUGAUAUCGUUCGACUGGAGCAUAAAGAGACAACUCGUAACCUUCACAGUCACCUCCAUGAGGCGCCUCUGACCAAGAAGCACUUCCAGGUUACAGGUUAUGGCAUUAAUGGCACAGGGGACGCCAAUGACCUGUGGCAGGUGGAGGUGUGUGGAGGUCGGAAGGGUGACCCAGUAAAGGUGCUGCGCAGCAAAGUUCGCUUUCUACAUCGAGCUACCGGCUGUGUGCUUUACUCCUCUGGCAAAACUCUUCCAAAGUGGGGCUGGGAACAAAUAGAGGUGACCUGUAGUCCCUACUUGAAGGAGACCCCAAGCUCUCAGUGGAACAUUGAGGACCAUAUUAAUCCAAAAUUACCCAACAUUAGUCUGUCUGUGCUGAAGCCCAAUUUUCUGGAAAUCUUACUGGAGUCCCAUAUUGUUAUGUUUAGAGGAAAUAGUGGCUUAAAACCCAAAGACAAUGAGAUGAAUUCAAAACCUUGGCACUGGCCCAUCAACUACCAGGGCUUGAGGUUUUCAGGAGUAAAUGCGACAGAGUACCGCGUUUACCUGCUGGGGAACCCUGUGGUGUGGUCGAUAAAUCUGGUCAGUUUGGGGUUGUAUCUCACCAUGGUGACGGUGGCUUCCAUAGCCACCAAAAGAGGUUUUUCAUUGGGCCAACAAAGAAUAGAGCAUUCUCUUGUGCUUGUGAGAGGAGGUGGACUGCUGAUGCUCGGUUGGCUCCUGCAUUAUGCACCUUUUUUUACGAUGGGUCGUAUCCUCUAUUUUCACCACUACUUCCCUGCAAUGCUCUUCAGCAGCAUGUUAACAGGACUGACGUUAGACAUCCUUUUCAGAAGUGCUGACCUUCUACUCCACCCACCUUAUUCUUAUUGGUUCCAGCAAACUGGGCAGCUGCUGCUUCUGUUUAGUAUUCUUUACAGUUUCUACCUGUUUCAUCCACUGUCCUAUGGGAUGACGGGUCCACUAGCACAUGAACCGGGCAGCGCCAUGGCUGGUCUGAAGUGGAUGGACUCCUGGGAGUUCUAGUCUGCUUUGCAGGAAGAUGACACUAAUGAUGUGACUUGCACCAACUGUUCUGAAUAUAAGGGACUUAAAACUGACAGAGUAGAGUGUUUGCACAUAGAAGUGAUUCUUAAAGGUACUGACUGAAUUUCUACGUGUCUUAGUAUUUGUGUCACAGCAUUUGCACCUGACAUUGUCUAUCAUGCAUGAAGAAUGCUUGAUAAGGCAGACCUAACUCAAUGCAAUGUGAAAGCCAGAUUGUGGUGUAAGUGGGAAUCUUAACUUGAUCUCUGAGAUGCCUUAACUAACAUCACAACUUCUGUUCCUAGAUUUAAUGUGUACUGUAAUUCAAAACAAUAAGCUAAAGUGCCUGAAAGGAAAAAGUUUUUAAAAAGUAAGUUUUAAAGGUUUAAAUGCUACAUCUCCCUGAUUUUCGUUUUUAAAUUUUGUACAUAGUUAGAAACUAUUGGACUGUAUUUUGAUUAGGGAUUUUCUGAUUUUACUCAUUACUUAGUAUUUUGGUACUGUAUUUAGCCAUUAGUGCUGUGUGUUACACACUAUUUUUAUACUAUGUAAGACUAUUACCGACUCUGUUUACAUUUUAAUGUGAUCAAUAAACAGUGAUC